AUGGGAGCAGAAGUUCCAGCUCUGAUCGUUCUUCUUGCAAUUUCAUUUCUCCUGAACAUUGGAUUUAUCGGAUACAUGCUUCUCGGGCGUAAAAACAAAAGCUCGUCGUCACAGUACACUAAAGUGGACAAUCCGAAUGCGGAAAGUCUUCUCAAAAAUCAACAAAAAUCCUCUGAGAAUCAUGAUGUUGUCGCGUCAAACAAUACUGUCAAUCCGAACAAUUUAGGCAGUCGGAGCAAAGAAAAACUCGAUGCAGCCGAACCAAAGGUUCAGCGAUCUGAAGAGCAUGAUCUCCGCUCGGAACACGGAGUUUGUACACUGAUCAAAUACUUGCAUUUUCCACAAAAAUAAUGUUUAGGUGACUCACGAGACACAGCAACGCAGCGAUCGUCAACGCCUUCAAGAACCUGUUAGUGGCGUUGAGUUUAUGAAAUACAUGAGUGCGGUGAUUCUCUUCAUCAACGAGUAUUUCGACGAAUCCCAUAAACAGCCGGUGGUCCCAGGUUAUUUGACGUUCAUUGAUCUUAUCCGUCUCUCCUCUCUGCUUUUUACAGAAAAUGACGUUUCAACAUCACGACUUCAAGUGAGGAUUCCGGAGAAGCCCGAGGAAUGUUCAGAGAUUUUGAAAGACGUGAAAGAAGUUAUUGUUCCAAAUGUACGCUCUAUCAAAAAACGUUUGCGAAGCUGGAAAAACUUCCAAUAAUCCUGGUACUCGAGGUAUCCGAGUGAUACAAUGACCUAACAAAACUAAAUAGAAUCGUAAAGUAACUCUAUCACGGUCUCCAGAGCUGACAAAAGCCCAAUAGAGCGAUACAUUGGCGUGGAAUUCAAAUUUUAACAGCGAAAUUUGUGUUUUUUGCCAGAUUAGCCACGAAAAACCGAUAAUUUCUCAUUUGUCUCUCGAUAGACCGAUUGUAUAGGCUAUUACAAAUUUUUUAAGCGCAAGAGCGUUAAAUUUGGUCAAGUCGCAAAUCACAUUUAUCCGUUUGAAGGUUUUUGGCUAAAACUGCGUGAAUUUCAGUUGCUUUUCGGUAGUUUUCGCGGUUCGAGCGCUCAAAAUGCUUGUAUUUACGUGAUUUAUCAUUCUCAAAACCAAUUCUGUCUGAAAACGGUCAAGAAAGUGCAAAAUGAGAAGUGCGGUUUUGAGGCGGCGAAGGCGAAAAAGCAAAGUCCGCGAAAAAUGCGCCAAAAUGUCAUUAAUUCUGAGAAUUAGUGUGUUUUAAUGUCGAACAAUCAUUUUUCAUCGCCUUUGACCACAAAAAUUAGAAAAAACCUGCUCAGUUCAUGAAAACGCCAUUUGGCCGAGGCCACGCCCAUAUUGUCAGCUCUGGAGACCGUGCUCUAUGCAAAACUGUUUUGAAGAUUUGCCACACUCAACACCCACGAUAUCACGCGCAGUUCUUCGGAAAAUCGCUGGCUGAUGUUAUUGGAAGUGCCAUUUCCUCGGCUCUCGGUCAUGACGUGAACACUUCACGUUGCAAUUUACUCUCACAUUAGUUCUUCCAGAAGCCUUCACCGGUUAUUGGCGUUAUAGAGCGGUUGUUGUGUGAAUGGAUGAGGACUGCUCUGGGACUUCCUCAAAUGAGAAAAGAAUUUGUAGAAAACCAGACAGUUAUCCUUCAAGAUCCGACUGGAAUCGUACUGUACUCCCCGCGCGACACGUACUUGGCGGUCAUUCAAAACGCGUAUUCGAAGUACAAGCCGCAGAAGAAACAAAAUGCGUUUGUCGUUUAUUCGAGUGAUGAUGCACAUUUGUCUCUUGAAGAAGCGUGCAAGAUUGCCCAAGUUAAACUCCGGAAAGUUAUAACAUCCGAGAAAGACUCGGCCGCGAUGACUGUGCAAAAUUUGAAGAAGCAGAUCGAUAAAGACGUUGCCAGAGGUUUCACACCACUGGUAGUCAUUGCCAAUUAUGGAUCUUCAAACGUUGCGGCGAACGACGAAAUUUGGGAUUUUGUCAAACUUUCCAGACAGUGGGUUGACGAGUUAAUACCGUUUUCUUGAGUGUGUUAAUAAUUGUUAGAAUGGGUAUUUGGCUUCAUUUGGAUGCCGCAUACGCUGGUUGCGAAUGGCUCGACGUGAACAGUCGAAACAAUGUUCAGUAGGUUUUAGAGUAUUCUGGAGUCCUAUCUACACUUUAACAAAAUAUUAUAGUGCGCUCAUAUCUGAAGCCAAUUCUAUCCACGUCACAUUCUCUUCGCUGUUUCCUUUCUCGGGACACUUGACGAUUCUGUGGAGUGGAAUGAAGUUGGACUUCGAACAAAGUCAGUGAAUGCGCAUUUACAUUCGAGGAAAACCACCGUUUUCAGGAGAACACCAAAACGGUGAGAAUUCGAUUCGCUUGUGGAUUCUGAUUCGCCUGUACGGAAUGCGAUCGAUUCGUGAAGCGGCGAAACGGAAAAUAAUGCUGGGAAACGCAUUUUCGGAACGUUUGUCGCAUCAUCACGAAUUUUUCAAAAUUCAUUACGCAAACGAACAUGGUAUCACAAUCUUCCAGUACGAAAAUGUAUGUAAAAGCCAAAACGUGAAGAGUGAAUAUAUGUUGUUUAGAAGCGAAUAAGCAAUAAGAUAGAAGAUGAGAACAAAUCAACAUCGAUGUUUCAUAACUACUUGAUUUCGACGUCGACUCUCAAGUUUUCCAUAUUCAGAGUUUUCCUCAACCUCGUCUAACGUUUUGAAAAAAUUCUUUCAGUUUCAUAAAAAAGUGUUCAUGAAAGCGGUCAUCAACUACGAAAGAUCGACGCUUUCCAUGGUGGAAGAGUCAGUUUCUACGCUCGUGAACAGUGCCGAAGAAUUCGAAGAGGAAAUUAGUAACGAAGCGAGCAACACCUCAUUGACAAACUUUUUGUUCAGAGAAGAAGAAGAAAACACUAGACGAGACGUCCCGAUUGGAAUACUCUGAUUUGAUUGGAGGAUCGCCGAAUGAGACUACAGAUGAAACACAGUCGGGUGAAACAUAG